CGCACGCACGCUCACACAUACGCACAAAGUGCACACACAGACACACACACACACACACACACACACACACGCACUCAUAUUCUCAAACAAACAUACACGCACGCAGGUGCGCAUGCACACGCAACACACGUGCACACACUCAUACACACACACGGACACUCACGAAACACGUGUACACACACACACACACACACACACUCACAAAACCUGUGUACACACACACACACACACGCUAAACCAUACUAUCUACGAUCUACCAUACACACAACGAACACAGCACGCACCAGUUGCACUACACACGCAUACACACAUGCACAGACAACCACAUACAUACACAUAUAUUCAUAUACGCAAAAUGUUUUCAACAACUGCAACAGUUUUCCGUACACACGUCUAAUGAUGAGCAGCAUAAACACACCGUACACGCAUUAUAUACAACCACAUUCUCACAUACGCAUACAUACAUAUACAUACAUAUAUAUACAUAUAUAUAUUGAUACACAAUUGUACCAAAUAUAACGAAUAUCGUAGACACACACACAAACAGGCCCACAGACGCACAAGCAAACUAUAGAAUUACUAUGUUUGUAUUUACUGAUACACGGAUAUAAAACACAAACACUAUAUAUUUAUGCGGUUAUAUGCAUGUAUUCAUGUGUAUAUGCACAUAUAUGCAAAGAUAGAUGCUUAGGCACCGACACACAGACAUAUAUUAGCAACAAUAAUAACCGGCGUUUCUUAUAUUUUAUCACUAAAGAGAAAACUAGAAAAGCUUAUUGCUUACAUACAAACACCGUCGACUACAAAGACAUACAUCAAAUAUACUCAGCACCACGUAUGCACACAUACAGAGGCACACACACGCAUAUUUAUAUCUUUGUUUACACAUAUUGACAUAUACACAUACACAUGCGUAUUGCUCUCUACGCUCGCGUACAUGGUAUUUUACAAAGUGAGGCUUUAGCGGCGGACGCUUAAAUUCACAGUUGAUUUACAAAAGUGUUUUGACAGUGAAAUGGAUAUCGUAUAGAAAAGAUGUUCACAUUUUUGAGAAUGUUAUAGUAUUUCGAGGAAAUUGUUAUUAUCUAAUGGCGGAUACUCCUGAAGAUUUAUGACAUUCGUUAAUUUCUUGAAAAUGGAAUCAUAACCCCGAAAUAUUCAAUGCAAAAUAUUUCAUCUGGAAGAUAUACCUCCAUUUUCUCAGCACACGUAUUUUGAUAUUCAAGUAUGCUUCUAGUCACCUUCAUUAUAAAUCUUACAACAUUUCGAGAUUGAAUUCUCAUUGGACAUCUGAAUUAAACAUAGUCGUCAGAGAUACUGAAUUAAAAGAAGAUAUAAGACUACGAGUAAUGAAGAUGAUGACGAAUAGGAGAAUGAUAUGGAAGAUGACGGUAGAUAAAACGAUAUUAAAGAAGAAGCAAAAAUAAGUGCUAAUUAUAUUCAUUUAUUGUAGAUAUUUGGAGUAGUAAUAUGUGAAAUAAUAUUUUGAAGAGUGAAGAUUUUGGAAAAAGAGAACAGCAGAAUAUUCGGCGUAGACGACAUUAGGCAGCGCCAAUUUCUAUUAAAAUAUUGUAAAUAUUUAUUUAAGAAAACGUCUUAAAAUGGAUGAACAAUUCAACUUCAGCAACUCUAACAUAACUGAACUCGAAUACAUACCACCACCAAUGUACGUGCAAAUGAUAUUUGUAUUAGUCUAUGGGUUGGUGGUGUUGGUUGCCGUUGGAGGCAACGUGCUAGUCUGUCACAUUAUCCUGAUAUGCCAGCGGAUGAGGACUGCGACGAAUCUUUUUCUACUAAAUUUGGCGAUCAGUGACAUUCUCAUGGCGAUACUUUGCAUCCCGCUCACUUUCGUUUCUACUGUUAUGCUCAACUAUUGGCCUUUUGGAAACGUCAUGUGUCCAGUUGUCACUUAUAUCCAAGCUGUAUCAGUGUUUCUCAGUGCAUUCACUCUAGUUGCAAUGAGCAUGGACCGUUAUGUGGCUGUCCUCCAUCCUCUUCGACCAAAGCUGACCAAUACACAAGCAGUGAAAAUCAUAGCCGUCACAUGGGUUUUAGCUAUGGCUGCACCCUUACCUACGGCAAUUGUAUCACGAGUUCUAAAUGAAAAAUCAGAUGGGAAUGAAUCAGAUGCCUUCAAUGGUCUGUGCCAAGAAAUCUGGGAGCAUGAUUACCAACGCCAGAGCUACAGUAUGGUCAUCAUGUUUCUGCAGUAUUUUAUACCACUUAUAGUACUUAUUUUCACAUACGCUCGGAUUGGAUAUAUUGUUUGGAUAAAAAGCCCUCCUGGAGAAGCAGUAAGGAAUCGGGAUGAAAGAAUGGCAGCCUCGAAAAGAAAGAUGGUGAAAAUGAUGAUUGCCAUGGUAGUAAUAUACGCCCUAUCCUGGCUGCCGUUACAUGCCAUCACACUAAUUGGUGAUCAAUAUCCUGAUAUCUACUCUGAAGAUUACAUGAACAUCGUUUGGAUUGCGGCUCAUUGGACAGCAAUGAGUCAUAGCUGUUACAACCCGAUCGUCUAUUUCAGUAUGAAUUCGAAAUUUCGUGCUGGUUUCCUGCGGAUUUUCAAGUGUUGCCCAAGGAUGAAACAAGAGCAGCUGAUUAACGAAAGCUCUAAGAGCUAUUACCACGGAACAACUUGUAACACAUCGGUGAAUAUGACUAGUACUCCCCACAAAAGAAACGUCAUCACUAAUUAUUAUGAUAGAAACAAUCAUGAAAAUAUAGAAAGCUCCGUUGUUUAAUGAGUAUCAACAAUAUUAAAUGCUAUUUUGUUCCGUAAAUUCUUGGCCUAUAUUCGUAGUCAGAUUGCAAUAAUUAACUAAUUAUUUAAUAAUUUAUAACUACUCACCUCAUUCAUUGUUUGCCAAAUUAUUUUUGUAGCUUCAAAUCAUCAUUUCUCUUUUUAAUGGGUGUUUUUUGUGUCUUUGUUAUUCCUCUAUAUUUUUAUCACUUUUCCUAUAUUUUUUAGUUCAAUCAUUGUGUAAGUUUAGGACAAUAAAUUUCAGAUAACAGUAACCGGUUGAUUAGAUUAAGCGAAUAUAGAAUUAUGACAUAAUCAAGGCAGUUUCCAAUACCAGCACACACAUACAUAAAGCCAUACACAUAGAAACAUGUGUGUGUGUGUGUGUGUGUGUAGCAGGAGGAGGAGGAAACACAC